AAUAGAACCAGUCCUCUCAUGGCAACACAACAACGUGGUAAAUACCAGGGGUCGUUUAAACAGGUAGGAAUAUCAUUGCUCCUUUGUCCUGCUUAUCACGUCCUGAUUAUGUUUAGGGAGGAAGCACCCAGUUUGUAGAGACAGGUAUAAUCCACAACCACAAAGAUAUUAUACCACGUAAAUCACCACGCGUUGAUCUUUUCGCCGGUGCACUAUGAGGAGAUCCCUUUUUUCCAUGUUUCAUGCGCAUAAAAAACGCGUAUAAAAAAGCCACAUCAGUUCAAAUAAAUAGGCACAUGUUCGUGUAUACUUGGGCAAACAUGGAAAAUAACAGUUAAAAGAAAAAAUGUAGAUAUACAAAAUAAAACCAUAACUUGCACAAAGGAAUACAGAUCAUUAAAACUGUUCCAGUUAUUUAUAAAUCCAAAUAUAGAGUAUAAUCAUUUCAUUAAAUGUAAUGAAAUGCUACUUUAUUGUUAUCGUCCAGCAAUAAUGUUACUUAAUUAUUUAUUGUUAUAUCAUUUUAUAGUAGUGAUUAUUUAAGUUCACUGAUCCCGAUAAAACUUAAAAGUGAUCGUUUCAUUAAAUGGAUUUUUUUAGAUCCAAAUCAGAAAAAUAAGUUCUACAAUUCACACGAAUACUCGACCCUCAAAAGAUGUAAAUAAGUACAAUAACGAACAAACAAUAAGAAUAAAAUAAUAAGGUAUUGGAAAACGUGACAUGCAUGAAUACGCGGAAGAAAGUCACGGUGCAUUAUCAACAGUUGGCAUACUGCAAGCAUGCACCAUCCUCGGUCAGCACAGGGCACAGGCCGAGGCUGCCCUCCGGUCCCCGCCCACCCCGUAAACAGGAAACAUCUACGUGGAGCCCUCCCGGAGCUCCGUUAUCUGCGCCCGCGCACCCCCGCCCACCCGCGCCACUGGCGGCUAUAUAAUCCACGACAUGCCAGCUCCCUACACAUUCACCCUUGUGUUGCAGUCGGAGUAACAUUGCAGACUAUCCUCACAUCACAAUGGCCGCCAAAUUCGUCGUCCUCGUCGCCUGCCUGGCACUCGCACACGGUUUCGUGAAGCGCGAUGCGCCUUCCACGACCCCUCUGCAAGACUUGGAGAAGCACGCAGCAGAGUUCCAGAAGACGUUCAGCGAACAAAUAAACUCUCUCGUCAACUCCAAGAACACACAGGACUUCACCAAGGCCCUCCAGUCCGGCUCCGACACAGUGCUGCAGCAGUUGUCUUCAUUCUCCUCUAGCUUGCAAAACGCGCUCGGUGACGCAAACGGCAAGGCAAAGGAGGCUCUGGAGAGCUCGCGCAAGAACAUUGAGAAGGCUGCGGCGGACCUACGCCAAGCGCACCCCGAGGUAGAGCAACAGGCCACCGCACUCAAGGACAAACUGCAAACCGCUGUUCAAAACGCUCUCCAGGAAACCCAGAAGUUGGCCAAGGAGGUAGCCGCUAACGUCGACCAGACCAACCAGAAGCUGGCACCCAAGAUCAAGAGCGCUUACGAAGACUUCGUGAAGCAGGCCGAGGACGUGCAGAAGAAACUCCACGAAGCCGCAAACAAGCAGUGAGCCGCCCCUUGUAACAUCCCACCCAGCACUACAGAGUGUAAUGCGAAAUAAACGACGUUAGACCCAAAAAAAUAUGCUUUUCUUUACCCAUUUAAGAUUUAUCUUAAAACGUUUACAUAAUAAUGACAUGAGGAAAUACUUA